AUGGCGACCUUCCCAGAGUACAUCGCUCAGAACGAGGAGCGCGACGGCGUCCGGUUCAGCUGGAACGUCUGGCCGUCCAGCCGGCUGGAGGCGACCCGGAUGGUGGUCCCGGUGGCGACGCUGUUCUCCCCGCUGAGGGAGAGAACUGAUCUGCCACCCAUCCAGUACGAACCGGUUCUCUGCAGCCGGGCCACCUGCAGGGCGGUUCUCAACCCGCUGUGCCAGGUGGACUACAGGGCCAAGCUGUGGGCGUGUAACUUCUGCUACCAGAGGAACCAGUUUCCUCCGUCCUACGCUGGGAUCUCUGAGGUGAACCAACCGGCCGAGCUGCUGCCUCAGUUUUCCACCAUCGAGUACGUCGUCCAGCGGGGCCCUCAGAUGCCGCUGGUGUUCCUAUACGUGGUGGACACCUGCAUGGAGGACGAGGACCUGCAGGCCCUGAAGGAGUCGCUGCAGAUGUCGCUGUCCCUGCUGCCGCCCACAGCGCUGGUGGGACUCAUCACCUUCGGACGCAUGGUGCAGGUGCACGAGUUGGGCUGUGAGGGCAUCUCCAAGAGCUACGUCUUCAGGGGGACCAAGGACCUGAACGCCAAGCAGCUGCAGGAGAUGCUCGGUUUGACCAAACCUGCAGCCGCUCAGGGACGAGGACCUCAGACAGCGCCGCAGCCGCUGACCAACAGGUUCCUGCAGCCGGUGCAGAAGAUCGACAUGAACCUGACUGACCUGCUGGGGGAGCUGCAGCGCGACCCCUGGCCCGUCACCCAGGGCAAGAGGCCGUUGCGCUCGCUGGGUGUUGCCAUGUCCAUCGCUGUGGGCCUGCUGGAGUGCGCCUUCCCCAACACUGGCGCCCGCAUAAUGACGUUCAUUGGCGGCCCAGCGACGCAGGGGCCCGGCAUGGUGGUGGGAGACGAACUGAAGACGCCCAUCAGGUCCUGGCACGACAUCGAGAAGGACAACGCCAAGUUCAUGAAGAAAGCCACCAAACACUACGAGUCUUUGGCCAACAGAGCGUCCACUAACGGCCACAUCAUCGACAUCUAUGCCUGUGCUCUCGAUCAGACCGGCCUGCUGGAGAUGAAAUGCUGCGCCAACCACACUGGGGGUUAUAUGGUGAUGGCCGACUCCUUCAACACGUCUCUGUUCAAACAAACCUUCCAGAGAGUUUUCACCAAAGACGUCCAAGGAUCCUUCAAGAUGGCCUUUGCUGCCACGCUGGAGGUCAAGACGUCCAGAGAGAUCAAAGUAUCCGGAGCGAUCGGCCCCUGUGUGUCCCUGAACGCCAAAGGACCCUGUGUCUCUGAGAACGAAAUCGGAACCGGAGGAACCUGUCAAUGGAAGAUCUGUGGUCUGGAUCCGAGCACCACACUGGCUCUUUACUUCGAGGUCGUCAACCAGCACAACGCUCCGAUCCCUCAGGGCGGCCGCGGGGCGAUCCAGUUCGUCACUCAGUACCAGCACUCAUCAGGACAGAGACGCAUCCGGGUCACCACCACCGCCAGGAACUGGGCCGACGCUCAGACUCAGAUUCAGAGCAUCGCGGCGUCCUUCGAUCAGGAAGCGGCGGCCAUCUUGAUGGCGAGGUUGGCGGUGUACCGGGCGGAGACAGAGGAGGGGCCGGAUGUCCUCAGAUGGCUGGACAGACAGCUGAUCAGACUGUGUCAGAAGUUUGGAGAUUACCACAAAGACGAUCCAAACUCCUUCAGGUUCUCCGAGACCUUCUCCCUCUAUCCUCAGUUCAUGUUCCACCUGCGACGCUCUCCGUUCCUGCAAGUGUUCAACAACAGUCCAGAUGAGAGUUCAUAUUACAGACAUCAGUUCAACAGGCAGGACCUAACACAGGCGCUCAUUAUGAUCCAACCUGUGCUGUACGCUUACUCUUUUAACGGGCCACCUGAGCCGGUCCUGUUGGACAGCAGCAGCAUCCUCCCGGAUCGAAUCCUGCUGAUGGACACCUUCUUCCAGAUCCUCAUCUACCACGGAGAGACGGUGGCUCAGUGGAGGAAGGCCGGUUACCAGGAAAUGGCCGAGUACGAGAACUUCAAGCAUCUCCUUCAGGCUCCGGUGGACGACGCUCAGGAGCUGCUUCACACUCGCUUCCCGAUGCCGAGAUACAUCGACACGGAGCAUGGAGGCAGCCAGGCUCGUUUCCUUCUGUCCAAAGUCAACCCCUCUCAGACCCACAACAACAUGUACGCCUGGGGGCAGGAGUCUGGAGCUCCCAUCCUGACAGACGACGUCAGUCUGCAGGUGUUCAUGGACCACCUGAAGAAACUGGCUGUUUCCAGCGCCGCCUGAACCCGCCUCACCUGCCCUGAAUCCGCAAUAUUCUUGUCUAAUCUGCAUUUGCUGCCUGAGUUACCAUGACAACAACUAAACCAACCAACAAACACAGUCCACCUCUUAGUCUCAGCCAAUCAGGAGCAGCGUUAGAACAGUGACAGCCAAUAGUCUGUUGUCUUUUAUCUAUUAAACGUUUGGCCUGUAAACUGAAUAUACAGCUACACAGCAGCAGCGACUGUUAUCACAUAAACAACUGAACAUGUUAACAAACUAUUAUCGCAAUAAAAGUCUCUGUGUGAUCUGAACAUGUAGACAGUUUUUCAAUAUAUAAAACUUGUUUGAAAUGUUCUUGGUAGAACUUUGGUUUCCGUUCGUUGUGUUUCAGAAGCACUGACCAGCUGUUGUUGAUUUUCUGACUGCGCCGCUUCAUCAUUAGACGUUUAUCCACUUACAUGUUCUGCUGUUCCUCCUGUCGGCUGCUCGUUGUCAAGUUUCUCCGCGAAGCCGUCGAACACUAAAGGUUCUGCAGACACACAACAAGCACCUGUUUUCAUUCAGCUCUGUGUUUUCUAAUAAAACUCUGCUGUGAACGUC